AUGGCGAACAAAUUCCCGCCCAAUUCGAACGAGCUUCUGAAAUUCCCUCCAAAAUCUCGCCCGCGCAUUUUCACCCUAUACAAAAACCCCCCCAUUUCCCAUUCACCAAUUAUCUCAUUCUUCACCAUUAAUGAUAAGCAUCGAAUUGGUAGGUGGAAUAUGUCGAAAACAGUGAGCCCAGAUGCGGUGUCGAUUAUUCUGGCCAACCCAUGUCCGGAUUCUUCUUCAAAUUUGCCGGAGAUCGUUGUGCAAGUCGUCGAUCUGAAACCGACCGGUACCAAGUACAUGUUCAUGGCGAAUGAUGGGAAAAUGAAGGUGAGAGCUCUGUUGCAAUCUUUUCUGUCAUCCCAAGUAACAUCUGGAAGCAUCCAGAAUCUGGGACUUAUUCGUGUUCUUGACUACACUCUCAGUGACAUCCCAACCAAGAAUGAGAAGUUCCUGAUUGUAUCAAAAUGUGAGGUGGUGUCACCAGCACUUGAGGUGGAAUACAAGGCAGAUAGUGGGCUUGUUUCAAGUCCAGAGCAGAAUAAUGUAGUUAAAAGUGAAGCUAAUGGGAAUAGUGUGGUUAAAAGUGAAGCUAAUGGGAAUAGUGUAGUUAAAAGUGAAGCUAAUGGUGUUAUGUUGAAGCCGAAGGAAGAAGUCAUGGCUAAAUCUGCUGCGCAGAUAGUUCAUGAACAGCAUGGAAAUAUGGCACCUUCUGGACGAAUGUCAAUGACAAGAAGGAUUUAUCCGCUUGUUUCAUUAAACCCAUACCAAGGAAACUGGACAAUUAAAGUUUGGGUCACAAGCAAAGGAAACAUGCGAUCCUACAAGAAUGCAAGAGGCGAAGGCUGUGUGUUUAAUGUGGAGUUGACUGAUGAAGAUGUGGGUCAAUCAUUAGAUUUUGAGUGUCAGAAUUUUAUUAAAGUAUCAUAUUCGUUAUGGUGUCAGGGCACUCAAAUACAAGCAACGAUGUUUAAUGAGGCUGCAAGGAAAUUCUUUGAUAAGUUCCAGAUGGGGAAAGUGUACUACAUAUCAAAGGGUACAUUAAAGGUUGCAAACAAACAGUAUAGGACAGUGCAGAAUGAUUAUGAGAUGACCUUGAAUGAGAAUUCAGUUGUGGAGGAAAUCGAAACUGAGCGGACUUUUAUUCCUGAAACUAAAUUCAAUUUCGUCCCUAUUGAUGAGCUAGGCCCGUAUAUCAAUGGAAGAGAGCUCGUUGAUGUUAUUGGGGUGGUUCAGAGUGUAUCUCCCACAAUGAGUAUUAGAAGGAAGAGCAACAAUGAGACUGUUCCAAAACGUGACAUAACAAUAGCUGAUGAGACGAAGAAAACUGUGGUGGUGUCCUUGUGGGGCGAUCAUGCCACUAAUGUUGGACAAGAAUUGCUCGAUAUGUCUGAUAAAUCUCCUGUGGUUGCAAUUAAGUCUCUUAAAGUUGGUGAUUUUCAAGGCGUAUCAUUAUCAGCAGUGAGCAAAAGUAUCGUAGUAGUCAAUCCGGAAACCCCAGAGGCCAAAAAAUUGAGAUCUUGGUAUGAUUCUGAAGGAAAAGACACUAACUUGGCUUCUGUUGGUGAUGGCUUAAGCCCAUCAGCAAAAGGUGGAGCAAGAUCCAUGUACUCUGAUAGGGUCUCCCUUGCUCAUAUCACUAGCAACCCAUCUUUGGGAGAAGAUAAGCCUGUGUUUUUCUGCAUCAAAGCAUACAUUAGCUACAUCAAACAAGAUCAAGCAAUGUGGUACCGAGCUUGCAAGACUUGUAAUAAGAAAGUUACUGAAGCUGUUGGGUCUGGUUAUUGGUGUGAAGGGUGCCAAAAGAAUGAGGAUGAUUGCAGUUUGAGAUACGUAAUGGUUGUUAGAGUUUCUGAUGCAAGUGGCGAAGCUUAUCUCUCAGUUUUCAACGAGCAAGCUGAGAAAAUCAUCGGAUGCUCAGCUGAUGAGCUUAAUGAAAUGAGAACUCAGGAUGGAGAUAGUUCUUACCAGAUGAAACUGAAGGAUGCUAUGUGGGUCCCACAUCUAUUCCGAGUUAGCGUGACUCCUCAUGAAUAUAAUAACGAGAAGAAGCAGAGGAUAACAAUCAGGGCCGUUGCACCAGUCGAUUAUGCAGCUGAAUCUAAGUAUUUGCUUGAAGAAAUUGCCAAGUUGAAAGUAUCUAAGUAGAGUUUGCAAAUGUAGUGGAGUUCUUCAGAUUUUGUUCUUUCUAUUUGAGCAGCUGUCUUUUAGGGGUCAGAUUUAUUUUUCUUCUUCUCAGUACUUAAAAGUGAACUCAAUAGGAUUUUGCUAGCUAGCAAGACUUGUAAUAUAUUUUGCUGACCUUGUUUUGAUCAAGUCAUUUCCAGAAAUGAAAUACUUUCAUAAUAUCUAUUGUAUUGAUGUGCACUAAAUAGU